GAGGGAAGUUUUUUUUUUUUCCAGUUCACGAAGUAGAGAAAUGGGGGAGAGCUAGGUGACCUAUGGGGUAGUCUACGCACUUGAAAGGACGGGCUAGACUGGGAGAGGGAAGGGGUCAGACAGAAUUAGGUUGGGUGGGAAGGGUUGGUGUGUAAUAGAUGAAGUUGCAGAUCCGUUUGGACCCAGAGGUAAACGCUGAAGAGAAACCAAAGUUUCCCCCUUCCUACCCUCCUUCCAACUAGUGGGGAGAUGAGGAGGAUUAACGGGAACCUUGCGCCUCCUUGAGUUUCCAAGGGUGGGUUUUGAAACUGACCUCUGAUUCAGGACGACUGGGUUUGAUACUUGACAGGACUAGGCAUCAAAAGCCAUUAAAGGCUUCAAGUCUGUCGUGGACUCACUUUUGACAGUCACGUGCUGAACCCACUUGGUCUCGGAGGGCAAGUUCCAAAGGGGGUAAAACCUCCUCUUUGAGCAGCUGUUGCUUUUGUUUUCCCCCGUUUACGCACGGGAUUGUGAACUAAUCUUAAUUGCUUACUUUUAAUUGCUGUUGCCAAGACUAACUUUACACAUUAAUUGCGCGCUGUUACUGGGUUCAUGCUGAACUAGUAAUUCACAUUCUGACUUUUGGAUGGUAUCAGUGGCUCACUGAGAUGUGAAAAAGGGAACAAUUGAAGAAAGAUGCCGGGGCUGAAUAGGGUAAAAACUGCAAAGUCAGCUUGAUCUCAUAGUGCGAUCAAUCAAUAAGCUUUAGGUCGUAGAACUACCUUUAGGUCACCCUGAGCUGUUUGGACUUUACUGUUACCAGGUUGGAAUGAAUAGAUGAUUGUAAGCUGAGUAGUGACAGACCCAGACUUGUUUUAUAGAAGCAUCACUUUGGCAAUGAUAUUGGAGUAGGGAUGCUAUAGAAAGGGUGGGAAUUUGAGAGCCUUGCACAAAACUGUCCACAAAAAUUGCUAACUUUUACCGAGUAAAGAAGAGGAAAAUGAAAGAAUAGAGAACUAUUCAAAUGUUCUAGCACAGUAUGUGUUUUUGGAGAUUGGAGAUACCGAAAGAUCUAGAUGACAUACAAGGAGGUGCGGUUAUGUUUGCAGGGAGAACAAUUAAAGCAGUCAUUUAGGGACAGAUUGAGUUUAAGAAUCAUUCCAGAGGGUUGUAUGUAAGACAGAGUAAAUUGAAUUUGGAAGACUGGAAAAGCUCACCUUUGUUACUCUUUUUUUUUUUUUUUUCCCCUGGGUAAGAGAAAAAGUCAUAGGGGAGUUGUAAUAAUAACAUUUGCAUCCUGUAUACAAGAGAGAGAUCCAGCAUGACUGGGUAACACCCAUGGGACUUUAGAUGCCAUCUUAAAUAGUUUAACUAGGAUUAGGAAGGUUAGGGAAGAAAAGUGAAAUCAUUUUGGGCACUUACUGGAAAAAGCAAAGGUACUUCUCUUCUCCAUGGAGAGGAGAUAAGGGGAUUAGAAGUUCCCGGAAAAGACCCUUAUAGGGAGAAGGUCAGAAAUAAACAUUAAAAGUAACUUCCAUUCAGCCUUUGGAGUCGCUUCCAUGAAAUAAACCCCUUGCCAAAGGCAUGCUUUGGGGUGGCAGAUUUUGUUCUCCUAUAGUCCCACCUUUGGAACUUCCCAAGAAAUUCCUCAGUUCAGAAGUUUUGUUGUGCAGUUAUUUCAUAGAAACAGUUCUGAGAAUAGAUCAGUCCAAUUAAGUAAUUGUGUCCAAUUUGUAAAGAUUAUCUUGUAGGUGAGUCCAAGUUAAACCUAUACUGUGUAAGCACUUUCUAUGGCAUCAAAGGAGAAAGAUUAAAGAUUGUGGCAAACCACAAGUCCAGUUGGGAGUCUUGAUGGAAGCUUUGAAAGGAUUUCUAAAUGUUGGGGUUUGAAGCAUCUUCAGAUGGGGUGAGGGCAGGGUUCAUUGAAAAAUCCUUAGUGAUAUUGACAUGUUUCAAGUGACAUAAAUUAGCCAAUGACUCGGAAUGAUGGAUUCCCCGAAGAUUGGAAAUGGUUUGCCAGUGAUUGGACCAGGGACUGAUAUAGGGGUAUCUUCACUCCACAUGGUGGGGUAUUUGGGAAAAAAUUCUGAUUCAGCUAAAGUUCCAUCAGAUGGGUAUUGCCCUGCUUGUAGAGAGAAGGGAAAGUUAAAAGCCUUAAAGACUUAUCGAAUUAGUUUUCAAGAAUCCAUCUUUUUGUGUGAGGAUUUGCAGUGCAUCUAUCCUUUGUGUUCUAAGUCUCUUAAUUUAAUUUCUCCUGAUUUGGAAGAUUGUCACAUUCCAAAUAAACCUCAAAAAAGAAAGCUCUUGGAAACCAACUAUAAAGAUUCACCUCUUUUGGCAAAUUCCAAAAAGACUAAAAAUCAUACUGAUAUUGAUGGUGAGCAAGUCUUGAAUAGCAAACAAUAUGAAGAAGUAUAUGAUAAAACCUCAUCAUAUUUACCUGACUUACUACACAGUGAUCAGCAGAAAUCUAUUGGGACAGCUGAUUUCAUGGGACAGAAUGAGACUUUGGAAGAUGAUACUCUUGACACAGCUGCUGAAGAAACCCCUACUAUCGUUAAUGUCUCUAGAACUGGAGGGACUUCGCCUCAAAAUGAGGGAUGCAUGUCUGAACGAGAAAUGCCACAGGAAAGCACAUCAUCUUGCCAGACUUUAUAUCCCCAAUGGAAAAAUGCUUAUGCUCUCUGUUGGUUAGACUGUAUCUUGUCCGUAUUGGUGCACUUAGAAGGAUUAAAAAGCACUGUGACUGAUCUGUGUACUGAAGAGGAGUCUGUGUUCUGGCAGUUAUUUACAAAGUAUAAUGAAGCCAAUAAACUUCUGCACACUAAUCAUUUGGAUGGAAGUAAAGAUGGAGAUUGUAAAAAUCUUACUAAAGAUUUAAUUGCAAAGAUAGAGACCUCUCUGAAUGAAGUAAGAAGUGAAGUUUUUAUUAGGCUUCAGCCUCAUCUUCGAUGCACAUUAGGUGAUAUGGAAAGCCCUGUGUUUGCAUUUCCCCUGCUCUUAAAAAUAGAACCCCAUAUAGAAAAGCUCUUCAUGUAUUCUUUUUCUUGGAACUUUGAAUGUUCUCAGUGUGGACACAAGUAUCAAAACAGGUGUAUGAAGAGCCUGGUCACCUUUACAAAUGUCAUCUCCGAGUGGCACCCUCUUAAUGCUGCCCACUUUGGUCCAUGUAAUAAGUGCAACAAUAAGUCACAAAUAAGAAAAAUGGAAUUGGAAAAAGUAUCUUCCAUAUUCAUGUUGCACUUUGUAGAAGGCUUACCUCAUAAUGACUUGCGGUGCUAUUCAUUUUGUUUUGAAGACUGCCAUUAUCAGAUAACUUCUGUAAUUCAGUAUCAAACAAAUAAUCAUUUUAUAACAUGGAUUUUAGAUGCUGGUGGAGGUUGGCUGGAAUGUGAUGACUUAAAAGGUCCAUGUUCAGAAAGGCGUGAGAAAUUUGAAGUUCCUGCCUCAGAGAUACAUAUUGUUAUUUGGGAAAGAAAAAUACCCGAAAAGGCAGAUGAAGCUGCUUCAUACCUUCCGCUUAAAAAGACUAAUGAUCAGCAUACUUUCGGUGGUGAAAAACAAGUAUCUCCAGCAUUGUGUUCUGCGCCAGAUGCUGCCUCAGCUGAAAUGUCCUCAGGAACUCACCCCACAAAUACCUCAGUUGCUCCUAAUACUCUUUCACAGGAUGAAACUGUAGCUCAUGGAGAUCAUUUACUUUCGGGUCCAAAAGAUUUGGUUGAUAGUAAUGAUAUUUUGCCUUUUACAUUUGAUGAAUUACUGGUUACUGCUGAUGAUCUCCCAUUAGAAAACAAAUGCAUGGCAGAAAAGGCAGAAGUUGUCAAAAUAACAAAUGCUUUGUGUUCACAGGAGUCUCUGAUGGCUUUUUCAGUGUCAGCUACAUCUAAGGAAGAACUUACCCAAGACCAAUUUGUGGAUUUAACUUUUCCAUCUCAAGUUGUAAAUACAAACAUGCAACCAAUACAACAACUGAACACAGAAGAUACUGUCAUUGCUAAACCUGUAAAUAAUAGUCAUGCUACUGAUCCUAUACAGUUAAUAAAGCCAGUAGAAAUUGAGGGUAUAGUUGCCCUAGGGAAGGACACUUCAUCAAAAACUGAAAAAUUAAAACCAGAACAACAUGUAACAUCACUGAUGCCAAAUUUGAAGAAAAAAGAAAUGGCAGCAUCUUAUCAAACCCUAACGAGUAAGUCUUUGCAGAAUCCAUCUCUGAAAGAAACUCCGAAGAAACCAUUUGUGGGAAGUUGGGUCAAAGGCUUAUUGAGCAAGGGUGCUUCUUUUAUGCCAUCUUGUGUUUCAGCUCAUAAUCGAAAUACUAUAACUGAUUUGCAGCCUUCAAUUAAGGGAGCAAGUAAUUUUGGUGGUUUUAAAACUAAAGGUGUAAACCAAAAGGCUAACCGGGCACCCAGGAAAGCUCAUGGGUGUGCAGGUAAACCUUCAGCUAGAAACCCUGCACCAAGUCAUUCAUCAGCUAGCACAGCCUCUAACCUAUGUGCUCCUGAUAAUGUUGAUUCAGAAGUUUUGAAGAAAUGUGAAAACACCUCCUAUGGAGUUCACCUCAACCAGAGUUAUCAUGGAAAUGAAAAUGGUGUCUCUUCAGCAAACCAUGGAGACUCAUUUGAGGAUCAGAUUCAUAAACUUCGUCUAAAACUUCUUAGAAAACUUAAGGCAAAAAAGAAGAAAUUAGCUGCUCUUAUGUCCUUCUCACAAAAUGAAACACUUCCAAGUGAAAAUUCAGAACAUGUGUCCCAUUGUGAUUCUCCAAAUGAUUGUCAAGCAAUAGAAGACUUAUUAAAAGAACUACAGUAUCAAAUUGAUAUUGCUGAUAAUAAAUCUGGAUAUAGUACAGUUCCUGGUGUUUCCCCAUAUAAUACUCAAACUCAUGAAGAAAUUCUAGCAGAAUUACUAUCUCCUACAACUGUUGUUUCAACUGAACUCUCAGAAAAUGGGGAGAAUGACUUUAGGUAUUUAGAAAUGGGAGAUAACCAGGUCCCAGCAUCAGUUCCUAGUGAAUUAACCAAUAUUCCCCAAAAUACACAUCUGAAACAGGACCAUAACUAUUAUAGCCCCAACAAGAAAAAUCAAUGUGAAGCUCAACCAGAUUCAUUAGUAAAUAAUGCCUGUGUUAGAACAUUGAGUUUGGAGAGUUCAAUGAAGACUGAUAUUUUUGAUGACUUUUUUUCUACGUCAACGUUUAAUUCUUUAGCAAAUGACACCUUAGAAUUACCUCAUUUUGAUGAAUAUCUGUUUGAGAGUUGUUGAAUGCUUGUUAACUCAGUGUAAUAUUUAUUAUUGCUUCUGGAAAAUGUUACUAUGUAAGUAGUUUGUAAACUGGCCUUGUCAUGAAUAAAAUAUAAGCUGCUGAAGGUUUUACAUAAAGCAUGUAUAAUCUGUUUUAUAAAUUUAAAUGAUCUAGAAUUUGUUCUUGUUGGUUUCUUUUGUACAAGUAAGCCUGUGAGGAUUUCAAAACGUUAAAGGUGAAAAGCAGUUUGUACAAUCAGGUGCAUUAAAUUUCUACAUUUUAAGUUUUGGUUAUGUUGGUUUAAGAAUAACACUAGUUGCUACAAACUCUAAGGGUUCUGUGGUCUUACAAAAGAGUGUAAGCCUGCUGCUCCUCAUGCCAGUAGAAAGCUGCAGCAUGUCAGCUUCCCUUAUACACGCACCUCCUUUUUCUCUACUUAUACAGCAGGAAAUCUUGUUGCGGAAACUUGAAUGUUAAAUCAUCAAUAAAUGAUUAAAUGAACUAUAACAGGAAAAAGUAAGAUUUUUAUUGUUGAUGUGCAAAAGGAUUGUUAUAAAUAUCUUUUCCUAACACAUUUAUUUCUGUAAACAAAGUGUGACAUAGUCCAACAAUUAUGUCUUCAGAGAUCAUAACUAGUGCUUAUAAGACUUGUAUGUUCGGUUCUCUUGUAUCUAAACUUCUGAUUCACUCCUAUGAGCAAGAUAAUUUUAUCACAUUAAAAACAUAAAAUGGGGCUAGUAAGUUGUAGAGCUGGGAUUGAGCUGAGCAGUUAGAAGUGCUAAAUUUACCAAUAUGUGUUUCACUCUCAAACUUCAUUUAAAGUUAGGAUGCUCAAACAGCACCACUGCUGCAGCGAUUUAGUUGUAGUAGUAUUUACUAAGGCUUAAGUGUUGCUGUCUUGGGGUAAAAUAUUGUGCCAGGGACUCUAAUUCAUAAUCUGUCAAAUUUACUCCCAAUACUCCCUCUUUUCUGGUUAUAAAAGUGAUGCACAUUUAUUAUAAGGAAAAAACUGGGGAAAUAAAAACAGGAAUGUUUGGGAUCACCCAUUGUGAUACUAUAUGGUAAUAACUGCUAUAAACAGUUUCAUAUUUUAUAAAUAUAGACUAACAAAUAAAAAUGAGAUCCUAUUGUACCUGUUUGUGUGGGCAUUUUUGUCUUAAAAUUUGGACAACUGUUGGUAAGUAAGCACAUAU